AUGGAUACCGUUCGAGAGACCGUGCGUCGAGUCUCGAAGCGUCUUCUUAACAAGAAGUCCGAAGCCGAAAAGGAGUCCAAGAAGAAGCAGGAUGAAGCUGCUGCCCAACCCCUUCCGCCUGCCCCUACGGGGUCCACUCAGUCCGAACGCCGUCAGGGCUCUUCCCAACCCGCGCAACGACGGAAGCUUCAGAAGAAGCCCCCGGGCACUUCGAAGCCCCCCACCACCCCAUAUCGGACAAUGAAACCGAUCGGGGAAUACCCAUCGACCGCGGAGUACCGAGCUGCUGGCGUUGCUCCUCCUUCUGAACGGGCGCAACGCGUCGCGACCGUGCCGACCACCGUCUCGCUCCAUGAAGCUGAGCGCAUUUCCCCCGUCGGCGGGGUUGAGGACCUGACGGCCGAUAAUGAUCAUGUUGAGAUCGCCGAAGAAGCGGCAUUUGCCUCGAGCUCGUCUGCAGUCGAAAGCCCGGCCGAUCAGGCCAUUCGCGCCAUUACCACCCCGGCCGCUGCGGCCACUCCUACCCUCCCAGGCGCGGACGACACCAAUGAAUACAUCACUGUGCUGAUGUCUCUGCCUUUCCGCCCCUCCGACAAAUUUGAUAUGCCUAAACUCCGGGGUGUCAUAAAGUUCGCCAUCAUCGACGCACUCCGGAGCAACAACGAUGCGUCUGCCUUGUCUCUGCUUUACUUCUGGUUCAAUGCCGUGGAUGAUGAUUUCCGACUCUCAUUAAUUGCCAGCGUCUCACACCCUAACGGGGGAACCGAGCAAAUGAAACUUGCCCUCCAAGCCGCCCUCAACAAGUCUGUACCAGAUGCCCGCAAGUGGUAUCAGAAAUAUGUUCGCGCUACGGCUAAUGCAGCCGAUCUUCCCUCCUUCAGCGGAUCAAGCGUGCCACCUGCCGAUUCUUUCGACGCAGAGCCCAGCUUCAAGGUCUCUGACAUUUAUCGUGACACAAGUGGCCCUCGGGUUGAGGAAAACUUCCUGAGCGGCAAGUCGAAUACCGCUCCGCUCAAGAGGCCCAAGAAGCCAUGCCGAGUCAACGAGAAUGCUUACAGACGUAAGCGCAAGUGGGAGAUGGAUCCUGAUCACGAGGAAAAGAUGCGGGCUGUGCGUGCUCGUCUUCAAUCUGAAUCUUACUCGGAGACAGCUGUCCGGUACAGUGCAAUUCGCUCUACAAUCCGUCCAUCAAAUGACAUUCAACACCCUUACAAUAUGAACAACAUCGACACUGGUAUUGAUGGGGAUAUGGAGGCGCUCAACCGUUCGCGUUCCCUCCCUGCCCCAGGUUCUAUCCUUGAUAUACCUCUUGUCAAAGGUCCGGAGCCCGAAGCUCCGUCUGUUUAUUCACCAUCCGCCUCGCUUAUCGGUCGCAGGACUGGCAAGCCCGUCUCACGACGCCAGAAAGCAAAGGCCAAGGCCCCCGAGAUCCCACAGCGUGCACGGUCGCUCUCUGUUGAUACCACAGUCUCAAGUCUUUCAUCUCUCUCAAAUUCCGCUUACUCCGUCCGAUUCAACGACUGGUCUGGUGGCCACGAAGCACGCCAGAUGCCGAAUUCCAUUGAACCCCCCGACAACAGUGACGAUUGCCACCAAUGUGGAAAAGGUGGCGAUUUACUCUGCUGUGACACAUGUAUCAAUUCCUACCACUUUGAAUGCUUGGAUCCUCCCUUGGAUCCCAAGAAUCCUCCGCAGGGAGAGUGGCAUUGCCCCAAGUGCUCCAUUCGCAACAGUUUCUCGACCUUGAUCGCGCACUCCAAACACUACAAGAAGACCGAGUUCCAACUUCCACAGGAUAUUAAGGAACAUUUCAAGGGAGUUGAUGAAGGAAUUGUCUUUGAUAACGACUAUGCCCGAAAUUUGAAGCAUCAACGCUACUACAAGUCCGCGCCCCACCUGCCGCGGCUGACUAAAGCACCCAGACAGGACGGCCCUACCAUUUACGCGAAUUCCAUGUAUCUCCGAGAAUACGACAACAAGGGAGACUGCAUCCGUUGCUCCAAGUGUGGUUUUACAUCCCAAGGUACACGUCCCAUUAUUACUUGUGACUACUGUCCCUGCCGCUUCCAUCUGGAUUGCCUUGAUCCCCCUCGCGCACAUCCCCCUAACCCAAAGGUCGGGUGGAUGUGUCCUAACCAUGUCACUCCUGACGAUAUGAUUGCCACCAAGGAGCUUAAUGGCAGCAACGAGCGUACUCGCCGUGUGCGCCGAACCAAGAACAUGGCAUUCAUUGACUGUGACAUCAUGCUUCCUGAUGACCCAAAUCAGAGUUUGUUUGACGAAGACUGGAGAGAAAAAAGAGCCCGCUUCCUUGCAGGCGAUGUUGUCCUGAAUUUCAUCACUGCUGUCAAAGAUGAUCACCAUGAACGUGAAAAGAAGUAUGCCAAAGCUGUCGAACAAAAGUGCUUGGCCUUGACCAAACAAAUUACCAAUGAGUACCUCAACCGUACUGAAGCCGCCGGGAGCAUCAACAACAUCACACAAAACCGUCUUCCCGCGGAUCUCACCGAAAAUGUUUCUUACGCUGUUAACAACAUGAUCGCCGGCGCUCCUGUUUCCACUGAAGACUUUGACGCUGCCGCCGCUCUCCUGAGCAUGGCUACAAGCCAGCCUGCUCCUGCCCCUGCUACUGCUACUGCUACUGCUAUUGGCGAAGGUCACAUCGCCGAGGCUGCCGAGCCUGUCUCGCCCGUUGCUCAGAAGCCUCUCUCCCGCAUCGAUGAGGAGUCCACCCUCGGUUCCUCCCACGCUGCCACCUCUCCCAAGGAGGGUGGCUCUCCGGAGUCGCACCACUCCGACUCCGAGCAUCUCCCCCGGAUCCCUGUGUUCAAUCGCAAGCGAUCCCGCGCCGAUGACCAGGGAUCUGGGGGAGAGCGGGCGCAAAAGCGCCAAUACACCAAGUCUAAGUGA